CAAAUCCUACUGUUUCCCGGGGUUUUUGAGAAAUCCAGUCAAAUGGCAGAAAAUCCAAAGCACUGUCUCAACUCAGCACCUGAAUCUCCCAAAAGACCAUCAAAGAUAGCUAAAACCCAAGAUUACAGCGACGAAGAAGAAGAAAAAGAGGAGGAAAUACAGCAAGAGGAACAAGAAGAAUCGAGCAUGAGCAAAAACCCUCGAACCCAGCGGUAUUUGGUGGCUAUUGAGUAUAUUGGGACUCGUUUCUCCGGCUCCCAACAGCAGCCCAGUUUUCGUACGGUCGUUGGUGUAUUAGAGGAUGCUUUCCAUAAGUUCAUUGGCCAGCCAGUUUCAAUAUUUUGCUCAAGUCGCACUGAUGCAGGAGUACAUGCCUUAUCAAAUGUUUGCCAUGUAGAUGUUGAACGCAUAAGCAAAAGAAAGCCUGGUGAAGUGUUACCACCACAUGACCCCGCUGUUGUUAGAAGAGCUGUGAACCAUUUCUUACAGAAGAAUGAAGGUGAUAUUUCAGUUAUUGAUGUUCAAUCUGUUCCAAGUGAUUUUCAUUCAAGAUAUAAAGCUCUGGAGCGCACGUACUUCUAUCGCUUGUUAUCUGGUCCAGAACCUUUGUCUGUCAUUGAGAAAGACAGGGCGUGGCAUGUACCUGAGGAGCUCGAUCUUCGUGCAAUGCAGGAAGCAUGCAAAAUUCUUGUUGGACGCCAUGAUUUUAGUUCCUUCAGGGCAGCUGGUUGCCAGGCAAACUCACCAAUCAGAACUUUGGAUGAGCUCAAUGUUACUGAGGUUCCUUCAACUCCCUAUUUUCCAUCAAUUGUGGAUAGAAAGGUGGACCAUUUAAACAGAGAAGAUCCUCAUGUAUGCUCCAAUAAGGCUGAGGUUAACCUCCCUAUUAGUUCCUCAUUUGAUAGUGACAAAGUGGUUGGCUCCAAUGGUGAAACCAACUUCGGAUUUGGAAUAAGGAGACGGCACCGCUGCUAUGUUGUAACUGCACGUGCUCGGUCUUUCCUUUAUCACCAGGUCAGACUGCUUGUUGGUGUUCUUAAGUGUGUAGGCACUGGAGAGUUAACAGUUCCUGAUGUUGAAAGAAUUCUGAAUGCAAAAACAGUGACAGCUGCAAAGCCCAUGGCACCUGCAUAUGGUCUUUACCUUGGACAUGUAAAAUACGAUCUGCCAUAGAGAUGCAACAAUUCCCAUUUCUUCAGGAAAGCAACAUCAACAUCUGCUUUGGAAUCUGACGUCGUCUUAUACGUCAACAGAAGAUACUUCCCUAACUCUCAGCUCAUAUCAUUGCAAUGAUUCUCGCUAUAAUUAAAUUCUGGUUUUAGUUCAACAGCUUAGGGAUUGAUUGGUGCCGUAAGCCUCUUUUAAACUAAGCACGAAUUCUGGUUUUAGUUCAACAGCUUAGGGAGUGAUUGGUGCCGUAAGCCUCUUUUAAACUAAGCACGAAUUCUGGUUUUAGUUCAACAGCUUAGGGAAUGAUUGAAGCCGUAAGCCUCUUUUAAACUAAGUCUGCGAUGCUUUAAAUUUUUU